AUGGCUAGGAUAGCAGUGUUGGUCGGAGUUCUGGAAAGUUGUUACACGUCGAAUACAAGCAGAAUGACUUACGGAGCAAGAGGCUAUCAGGAUCCCAAAACAUCGUGGGACUCUCUUAUUGAAAGAUUUGAUCAACACAAAAGGGUGCUUCUUCCACAAGUUAGCCAUGAGUGGAAGAAUUUAAGAAUUUCAGAUUUUAAGACUCUUAGUGAGUACAAUUCAACAUUAUUCCGAAUUGCAUCAAUGUUGAAAUAUUGUGAGCACCCGGUGACUGAUGCAGAAAUGAUUGAACUCACAUUAUCUACUUUUCAUCCAUCAAACAUUAUUCUGCAACAACAAUAUAGGGAAAGACAUUUCAAAAGAUAUUCAGAUCUGAGUGUAGUACUCUCACUGGCUGAACAACAUAAUGAUCUUGUUUGGAAAAAUCAUAAUAUGAGACUUAUUGGAUCUCAAGCUAUCCGUAAGACACACUCUACUAAAACGCAUGUGCCUGAAGCACAUGCUGUUGAAAAUAAAGGUCGUGGAAAUUAUAAUAACCGUGGUAGAGGACGCGGAAAUUUCCGAGGAAGAGGACGAAGACAAGGUCGUGGAAAUUUUAAUGGACAUGGUAGAAAGUUUCAAGGAUUCGGUGGAGGCCACUUUCCCCAAAAUUAUCAAAAUGGUCAUUAA